GUAUUUACCUGGCGAGGCUACGAUAAGCCGACAGCAACACUGACCUUGCCCGUGGACGACUGGAGGAGCGGGUUGCUCCAAGAUAAUUCAACAUGUUUCGUUCUCCAUCAGUGUUCCGUGCUUUAGUUCAACACAAGCCUAGAUGCAACGCCCGAGCUCUUUCUGUUCAUUGCAUUUGUAAUAAUGCAUCAGAGCACCCAGGUCCCCGGCUCAUUAGGGCCGAGCCUCUCACCACAGCCCGUCUGUCCUGUCUACCCAGGCCGGGCUUCUCAGCUCAACACAAAAGGUUCUACUCAUCAGGUGACCUGCCGGAGCAUGUGAAAGUGACGCUGCCCGCCCUGUCCCCCACCAUGGAGAUGGGAACCAUCAUUGCCUGGCAGAAGAAGGAGGGCGACAAAGUCUCGGAAGGAGACCUUCUGGUAGAAAUUGAGACGGACAAAGCCAGCAUGGGAUUUGAGUCAUCUGAUGAGGGUUAUUUGGCGAAGAUCUUCAUCCCAGAUGGGUCCAAAGAUGUUCCUCUCGGAAAAUUAAUGUGCAUCAUUGUCUCUGAGGAAUCUGACAUCGCUGCCUUCAAAGACUACACACCCAAGCCAGAGGAUGACCAGCCACCACCGUCACAGGUUGGGGGAGCCCCUGCCGCAGCCCCUCCCCCUCCUCCCCCUGCUGCAGCAGCGUCACCACCACCCACUCCCGCAGCACCAGUAGCAGCUCCGUCAGCCCCAGCAGCACAGCCAUCUCUCUCUGGUCCAGGGGGCAGGAUCUUUGCCACACCAUUCGCCAGAGCCAUUGCCGCGGAGAAGGGAAUUGAUUUGAAGAAUGUGAGAGGCUCGGGCCCCGAUGGUCAGAUCAGAGCAGCAGACGUGAGCUCUGCUCAGCCAGAAGCUGCUGUUGCUGCUGCCCCAGCGGGAGUAGCAAUCUCCCCGGCAACCAGCACAAGCUUCGAGGAUAUGCCGCUGACCAACAUGAGGAGGGCGAUUGCCAACAGACUAACCUUGUCUAAACAGACAAUUCCUCACUACUACUUGAACAUAGAAGUCAAUGUUGAAAGAAUACUCAGUAUAAGAAAAGAACUAAAUGCUACCCUAGAGAAACAAGGGCUCAAGAAAAUCUCGGUGAACGAUUUCAUCAUCAAAGCCUCAGCUUUGGCCAGCAAGAAAGUUCCAGAAGCAAACUCUGCCUGGAUGGGAGACUUUAUCAGACAAUACAACACAAUGGACAUCUGCGUCGCAGUUGCAACAGACAAUGGCCUUAUCACACCCAUUGUGUUUAACGCAGAGUCCAAGGGCUUGGGCCAAAUCGCACAAGAUGUGGCCGCUCUGGCUGCUAAGGCAAGGGAGGGAAAGUUACAACCACAAGAGUUCCAGGGCGGAACCUUCACAGUAUCGAACCUUGGCAUGUUUGGAGUGAAACAUUUCUCAGCCGUGAUCAACCCGCCUCAGUCCUGUAUUCUGGCUGUGGGAGGAGCAGAGAAGAAAGUUGUUGUUGACAGUAGCUCUGAGUCAGGGCUCAGUCCAUCGUCAGCCCCACGUAAGCGCUGGUGGUGGCAGAAAAAGCAGCCUGUGCCGAGUGCGAGUGAGAGGCCUGGUGCCUCCGUAGGAUAUUCGUCUUCGACGGUGAUGAUGGUGACCUUGAGCUGUGACCACCGCGUGGUGGACGGUGCUGUGGGAGCCCAGUGGCUCAGCGAGUUCAAGCAACUGAUGGAGAAACCGGAGUCUAUGCUCUUAUAAAGUCUGGUCGCUGCCUAGAAGUAGAAGAUUUCAAAUGCUUGGGAGUUUUUCGUCUUGAUUCUUGACGAUUUUCCCAGCACCCUUUACUACCAGAUGGAUGGGGAAGGGGGAUGAGUGGUUGAUUUAGGGAGGUACAACUUUGCCUUUGAAAUGACCUAUUUGUGUCUAGAGGGUGACUGAAAUCAUAAAAUCAUGCAGAAGAAAAUGAUAAUGCUCUGGGAGCAUGAGCAUGUGGUUUAACAAGUAACGGAAGUUGUGUGUGUGUUUGAAGCCAUCCAUGCAAGUUUUCUUUUCUUUUUUUUUAAAAUCAUAGUGUCGUGCCUAGCUUCUUGAAGUGGGACAGAUUUUUAACCUUGUCUACCAUUUGCCAAGAUAAAAUCAAGUGCACCAAUAGCUUUUUUGAAUUGUUUACUGUUUCAAAUCCAUCCACAACCCUUGUCUCAAUAUCAGACACAAAUUGAAGAUGAGCCUAGUAUCAGUGUCCAUGGAACAUCCUGUGCUUUUCUGGCUGCUCACAAGGUGCCUCAAAAGUUUUUGUUUUUAAUUUCUUUGAGAAUUCUCAGAUCAAAUGUGCAUUUGCAUGGAUUGCUUGUAGCGACACUGUGAAGACAUGAUAGUCGUAGGUUACUGUUUGUCUACUUUAUGUGGAGCAAAUGGAGGGGUUCAAUUUGUUGAAUCUGUGAACCCCCUGUGUUUGUGUUGUGUAAAUAGACUGAGUGGAACUCUGUGGAGUGAGGCUUCCACUCACCCACCCGGACAUAACCAGAGGCCCCAAGAGCCGCGACUUGGAACCAGAAAACCAGAGUGUGUCAAGGUGGAAUCCCCUAGGUUGUUCUGUCUGUAUUCUGUCAGUAGUUACGAUGUUGUAUGGGGAAAACAAUUGAUGGACUGGAGGGGGAGCCAAAACCAUUGUGUGCGGUCAUUUUAAUUUAUUAUGUCGCUUUAUUUAGGGCAGGUACUUUUUUUAGACGCUAUGAGUGCUGUUCAUUUCUAGAGGAUCUGGCAAAUAUAUUUCAUUAAGUGAUUGGUUUCGUCACAAAGCUCUUCCUUUCACGACAUUGAUUGCCAUUUGCAACAGAGAUCAGGGGAAUGAUCUUUGCUGUGUUCAUAGAGGACUUGUUUUCUUUGUCAAUUUUUAAAUAUAUUUUUUUGUCUGCAGAUUUUUUAAAUGUAGACCCUAAUUCUAUGCAUAUAGGCUACCAUGCUGAAAAUUUCCACUCUGGGAACGCCCUGUUUCAAGAACAUAUUCUUAAGGUUUUGGGGGUUUUUUAUGUGUAGGAUUUGUGUUUUGUUUUUUUCCCCCUUGCUCAGCUAUCUUUAGCGCUGUGUUCUACUUACGAAAGAGUCAUAUGAUUUAUCCCAGUUGAAAACUACGGUACAGAGUUCUGUACAGACAUUGUAGGUGACCUGGUAUUGCAAACUGUGGCUGCAUGCACUUCAUACUUCAUGCUACCUGAGGCGUGGAUAGAGGAAUGGGGGCUUGCUGAUGUCUUGUGGAGCAGUUUGUUUUGUACUUGUGGUUGUUUUGAUUACUUGGCUAGGACCCCUAGCUGAAAGAUGCUGAGCUUUUUGUUGUGUUCUAACAGGUUUUAGUUUGAUCAGCAUGAAUAUUUGGAGGUCCUCAUUGGGGUCUCUUUUCUCUUUUCAUGUGUAAAGGAGGACUCCAUGUGAUAGUCUGGGAAUGUAUUUGUUUCAGUGUGGCAAAUUGUACACACUGUUGUUUCCUCAAAAAGUUAUGUUCUUGAUUUACAAGGAGGUAGGUGGAGUGGAAGUUGUAGAGCAAAGGUGAAUUUUUAUUUUAUUUUAAAAAAUUUUCUUUUUUAAUUAAAGUGAGGCUCAAAGUUGUGUUUCAAUUUCACAGUAGAGCUUCAGAAGACUCGUCCUCUUUUUGUUGUAAUCACAAUACACAACGAUGAGAAGCAAUUGAUUAAAUAAUACAUUAUAAUGUAUAUUAUGUUGUAUAAAUGAGAAAUAUGUAUGCUGCCCAGAUGAUGUUAAUGCCAAAACGUGACCGCUGGUGCAGUCAUUUAGAUGGACAAGUCUGGAUGUAAUCACAGUUACCAGCUCUACAGCAUUUUGAUUUCUGGCAAAUGUUUUUGUUUUGGGCUGUGCUUUACUUGUAAGAAGAUAUUAUGGGUAAGUCAUAAUCUAGUACUAGUAUAACAAAUUUUGUUGAUUUUUUGUUUUUUGUUGGGGUGGGUUGUGUUGUUAUAUAUAUAUAUAUAUGCAGUGCAAAGGUGUCAAAUCUGGGGGAAGUUAGAAAGUAACUUUGUGAACUUGGUUUUCAUGCCGAACUAACUAACUAGUAUGUUCUGUUGCUAAUUUUGUUGCAAUAUCCGAGUAUUAUGUGAUGGUGUUUUCGUGGAGUGGGGAGGGUGGGGAGACUGCACAGAUCAACAUGGAAUGGAAUGUUAUUACUCGAUAAAGUAUGCGCGUCCCAGCUUCCCUCUCCCUCUCCUGUCCUGUGUUAUUAUUUCUCGCGCAGACGGCAUAGAUUGUUGAUACAAUCUGAUGUGAAUCUCCCAAGUGUGUGGUGAGGAUGCCAGGUGCAGGUGCUGUGCAUGGUUUGUUAUUUUGUCUGCGAGGGGACAGAGAGGGCAACACCCCUCUUCCCCUCCCCCUCUUUCUUUUGUCUCUAGCCUGUGCACACACACAAAUGUGAGCUCUAGAGUUUCCUGCCUCUGCAAUGUUUGAUUGCAGGGUGUAUGUAGCCACUGGAUUUGUUGGGUUUUUUUUCUUUUUGUUGUUUCUUUAACUUUAAUGUUACUUAUGUUUACAGAAAUAUAAACUUUUUGUGAUAAAUGACAGAAAAGAAA